AUGUCUGAAGUUCAGAGCCGGUCUUCUGCCCGUGGCAGAGUAUCCACCCGCGGUGGCCGUGGUGGUUAUAGCUCCAGAGGUGGCCGCGUUGGAAGCAACAGAGCCGCAAACGACAGCUCAGACUCUGCUCCAUUCGAUGAAGGUGAAAUUGGCCAAAUGAAGAAGAAAUAUUCGGACGCCUUGCCCACUCUGAAGGAGCUGUUCCCCGACUGGAAAGACGAAGACCUCGUGUUCGCUCUGGAAGACUCCAAUGGUGAGAUCGAGGAGGCCAUUGAGCGCAUUACCGAAGGCAUGAUUGAAAACUUGUACGCUGACAUGUUCCUUUCCUGUGUCACAGGCAAUGUGUCGCAGUGGGGUGAGGUCAAGAAGAAGACAGUCGACAGAACCCGACCCAAGCCCAAGGACGUUCAGAACAACUCGACCGAGUCCCCUUCAGCUUCGCACCGUGGAGGCCGUGGUCGUGGUGGGUUUGAAGGUCGUGGACGUGCCCGCGGGGACCGUGGUCGCGGUGGUCGUGGUGGACGGGCAGGUGCCCAAGUUGCCAACGGAUCCCACGCUUCAGGUCCAGGUGCUACAACUGAUGCCCCCUCUGCAACCGAGCCCUCUGUGGCACCAACCUGGGGAGACAUCGAGAGCGAGCCCACAGCUUCUGCACCCGAGCCUGUCGAGCCCAAAGCUCCCGCAGUCCCUGAAGGCACAAAGAAGGGCUGGGCGAGCCUUUUCGCGAAACCUACACCUCCGCCGCAGCCAAAGAAGGCUCCCGAGUCUGCUCCCGCUCCCGCUCCCACUGCUGCCCCUGCUCCUGCUCCCGAAGCUGCGCCUGAGCCUGAGCAAGCCGAACAACCCCAGACCGAGAAGCCAGAGGAGCCUGAGCCUGCUCCUCCCGCCGCUGCUGCUGCACCUGCGCCCGCGCCUGUUCCUGUGGCCGUCCCUGCCGCCGUCCCUGCCGCCGUUCCUGCGCCUGCACAAAAGACCCCCGUCUCUAAGCCUGCCGAGAUCACUGUUCCUGUGAUUCCCCAGGCGCAAUCAAAGCCUACCAAGGACGAUUUGACUGAGACCAACCUUGAGCAGAUCCCUGAUGCCUCUGGCCCAGCCCCCACUGCAACUGCUGCCAGCACUGUCGGCAGCGCCUUUGACUCUGCCACCGCAGCUACUGCUACCCCGUCGCGCUCUACCCCUAGCGCCCUUCCUGGCUCCGCCCUGAAGCACAGCACUCGUGCUCCUGGUUUCCAGCGACGAGUCAUGGAACAACAACAGGCCGUCGUCAUGCCCGGCAAUCACGCAGUCGACCGCGCUGCUGUGCAAUUCGGCAGCAUGGGCCUGAACGGCGAUGCUGUUGAUAUCGAUGAGAAUCGUGAGGAAGCUGAGACCCGCGCUCAGCCUCCUCAGCAUUCCCCUGUUGCUCCUCGUGCUUCUCUUCCUCCCGUCACCCAGGGGGCCGUGGAAACACGCCCUGCCCCUGGUCUCCCCCCAGUUCCCCAGGGUUCCACUGACUCUUUCAACGACUUUGCUCGCUACUCCUCGGAAGCGCAAAAGCCUUUCGAUCCUUUUACUCACCAAGUCGGUCAGCCCCAGCCGCAAAUUCAAGAACCAUUCGCCAACCAGGCUCCUGUGCAGCCCACUGCCACCAGCGGCAGCGAAUACUCCCCCUUCUACGCUGUUGACCAGCAGCGUUUCCCAUACAACUACUAUGGUAGCUAUGGACAGACCCAGGACGCCGGUGCUGGCCCGCGCGGUGCUGGAUUUGGCGGUGUUUCUGCUGCUGAAGCCCAACCUCAGAUCCCCACAACCCAACCUGCCGGACGGUACGGGCCCGUUGAAGCCACCAACAGUGGACACAACACCCCCAACCCUACCAUGCCUGGUGCGACUCAGACCCCUGCUGCUCAGCACAUGCCUGGUCAACAAAGUGCACACGGCUACGGCUAUGGGUACCCUUACUACUCCAACCCUCAUUACGCUUCCUACAUGAACCAGAUGGGUCAGCAUGCUGGUGCAGCCUACGGGCGUUCCGGCCGCCCUUACGAUGAUGCCCGUCGCUAUGACGAGCAACAACACUACGGCAUGCCUCACACAUCUCAGUAUGGCUACGGUAGUCAAUAUGGCCCCUAUGGCGGUGCCACUGCCGCCGCCGGAAAGGGCGGUAUGUAUGGCCAGCCCCACGGGUUCUCCUACGAUCAUGCCUCCUCUCCCGCCAAUGCUGCCGCCGCCAGCUUCAACCAGAGCACUCCCGGCCGUGAUUCGGUCUACGGCCGCGCUGGCUCGGUCCAGCCUGAUAAUCAGCAGACUGCCGCCGGCUCCAAUGCUUUCAGCAGCGGAAUGUCGGAUGUCUUUGGCCGGUCCCAGGCUGGCUUUGGCCAAACUCCUCCCGUCUCACAGCAGCCUCCCGUGACCUCUGAGGACAGCAAGGCCUUCGAUGCGUCCAAGACCGGCGGGCCUUCCCCGUCUCUGGCCCAGGCUAACCGCCCUGGCUCUGCCACCAACACCCCUGGUCAGACUCAGAACCAAACCGGUUUGCCUCCUCUGCAGGGUCAACAAGGCCAGCAAGGCUUCGGUGGCUACCCUCAGCUGAACCCCCAAUACGGAGGGCUGGGUGGUCUCGGUGGCCACCAGGGUGGCGCAUCUCAGAGUCACCAGCAGCAGACCGCGUACAAUAACUACGGCGCCGGUUUCAGCAACUACUACGGCAACACCGGUCGUGGUAACGGGGGCUGGGGUGGCAACUAUGGCCACUAG